AUGGAUCUGACGAGUUUAGUGGGAACUAUUAUUCAACAGCAUCAACAACUGCCUGCAUCAUACGCCAAUGGACCCCAACAAGGAAUGAGUCGAUCAAGUGACCGAGAUUUCCAUUCAGGUUACAGAAACAGAUACAGCAAAUAUAGUCUGUCACAAUCUGGCAACAGAGGUGGAGGAGGCAAUGUCGAGCAGCAGCCACCUAGCGUCAAUAGUAAACAUAACCCGGGGAGUGUUCCUAGCCAAUCAUAUGGCGGAUACUCACGAAGUCAUUAUCUGAGAAAUGGCCCUAAUUCUUCCUCAUAUCCAACACCCUCUCAAGCAAAUAAGCCUCCUGUGAGUCGAAAAUAUGACAGGUAUGAUCCCAGCAAAAAGACCGCUGCUACAGCCCCAACAUUAAAUCAAUCAUCCACAAAUAAUAAUAGCAAUAAUGAUUUCCAUUAUGCACGCCUGAAUUCUACAUCCUCAGGCCGAGAUUUCCGUGAUGAAAGGCGAAAUGGAGGCUCUUCCUUUUAUAGCAGCGAAACCAACGCUAAUAUUCCUCUAGGCAAUCAUAAGUCCGCAGGUUCCAGCUACACACCACAGUACGGUAGAUCUUCCUAUGGCUACAGGGACUUCAGGAGAGAUGACGGCCCAAAUUCUGGUGGCAGUGUCAGGGACCGAGAGCGAGAUGUUUAUCGUGAUAUGACUAGUCGGAACAGGGAUCAAGAGAAAGAAAGAGAGUCUAGCAUUUACAGAGACAGAGAAAGACGAGAUAGAGAGAGAGACAGAGACAGAGACAGAGACAGAGACAGAGACAGAGACAGAGACAGAGACAGAGACAGAGACAGAGACAGAGGACGAAGACCUGAACUGUAUCUGAGACCUUCUACCACCUACCAAGUACGAGGUAAUUCUCCACCGCAUCAUUAUUCCCAAGAGUCGUCUAAAGGAUCAAGCUCAGGCUCAGCACAGUCAUACAGAGGUGCGAGCAGUACCCCACCACAUUACUCCUAUUAUUCUACUUAUGAGGACCUGAAACAUCGCAAGGAACGUGCGCAGUCAUUAGGAAGUCCCGACCAAACGAAGAGUCAAUCUUUAACUCGAAGAAAUAGCAAUGAAAGUGGUAACGAUAAAGUCAAGUAUGUUUCAAGAUCCGCUGGUUCGUCCCGUAGGAAUUCCACAAAUGUUACCAUAACUGAUUCAAAAUUGCUUCAUUUAUUUGACGAGGAUUAUGGAGCCACAGCAGAUACAACGACUCCAGCAGCUAAUGAUCUGAAAAGUGAUUCUUCUCAUAAGGAAGAGGAAGAGGUUUCUGCUAAUGAAGUUUUAAAAAGUGAAUCUACUGAAAAGGACCUUAACUCCGAGUCGAGUACACUUGUCAAGAAGAAGUCGUUUGGAGCGUUCAUGAAGGAGAAACAAAUGAAGGCCAUUGCAAACCAAUCAGAGACUAUUCCUGAAACACCUAUCAUUAAGGAAUCAAACAAUGAAGGUGAUAACCUGAACGUAGAACCAAUAAAGACUGAUACUACUUCAAUUAAUACAGGAGACUCUGCCAGUAUUGAUUCUUCUAUCUUAUCUCCGGUGGGUGAUACUUCCAUGGAUGACCCAUUUUAUCUGGCACUUGAUACAUUACGUGAAGAAGAUGAAUCAAAGGAAGCAAAGAAUAAAACGAAUGAAGAAAAAGAAAAGGAGUCAAUAGUUUCAAGUCCUACUUCAGGUCAGGAUGAACAUGUUACUGAGGCAGCCAAACAGGUUGAUUAUGAUUUGCACUCCGAUUUUAAUGAUGAGGAGCACAGUGCAUCAAGCGUAUCAGAAGAUGAGUCUGAAGCGGAAACUAUACCUUCAACGUCUCCGGUCAAACCUAGUAAAGGCCGGAGGUUAAUCAGGAAGAAGGAAUAUGAUGAGAACAGAGAGAAAUUGAAAGCACAAGCACUUAGGGAAGCAGAAGAGACAGUUCUCGAAACCCCAGUGUUUGAAUCAUCUGAAUUGUCUCGUUCCAAUGUGAAAUCCAGUUCAAGGUCAUUAUUCAAACCAUAUAAGAUCAAGAGAGAUUCCGGUGGACGAUCUUUGUUACAACGUGCUUGCAAAAAAGGAAACCUCGAAGAAAUCCAGAACUAUGUUGAGCGAGGUGCCAGUGUUAAUGAGAGUGACUUUUGCGGGUUCACAUGUUUGCAUGAAGCGGCGUUGGAGGGACAUGAUGAAGUUGUACGAUACUUGCUAGAACGGGGUGCUGAUGUCAAUGCUCAAGCAUCUGAUGUGGGGGCUUUUGAAACGCCCUUAAUCGAUGCUGCUGAGAAUAAGCACACUGAAGUAGUGAGAAUUUUACUUGAGCAUAAUGCAGACCCAACUAUUUUCAAUAUUGAUGGUUUCAGUGCCUUGACCAAGAUCCAGAAUGAUCACGACGAAGAAGAAGGCUAUGACGAGAUUAUUGCAUUAUUGGAGAAUGCGAUAGCAACCAAGAAGGAAAAGUUUGGCGUUUCAAAGGAGUACAUGGGAUCCGACGGAAUAAAAUUGCCACUGGAUAAGAAGUCUGGUAGUAAACGAAACUUAUCUGGAGCAGGUAUCGAAGAUCCUACAGAUAAUUAUUUCAGUGAUUUGAUUAAGAAGAAAAAGAUCUACAAACGUGCAGCUGAAGGUGAUAAAGAAUUUACUGCAGAUUUCAUAACCACUGGCCAUCAAUUAAAUCAAUAUCCCGAUUUGGUAAUUAUUGCUGCUAGAAAUGGUCAUACUGAGUUGAUUGAUAUUGUUUUGGGUUUAAACUUUGAUGUCUAUGAUAUUGAUCACGAAAACAGUAUUGGAUUGACUGCCUUAUUAGCUUCUGUUGGUAGAGGACAUGUGGAUACUGUGAAAUCAUUACUCUCCAAGGGUGCCGACCCUUUGAAAGUUCGUAAACAAGAUGGGUUUUCAGUACUAGAGAUUGCUAAAAGCUCAGUUCAUUAUUCUGAGGAGGAAGUCAGAAUGUUACAGAAAGCCAUCAAUGGAGACAAAGGAGAACAUGAUGUUGUUAUUAAGGAAGAGACGCAAACUUCUCGUAACGAGAAUGAAGUUUACGGAGAUAAUGAGGAAGAAGAAGUGGAUAGAAAUGAAGAUAUGGAAACACAAAAAGAUGUUUUAGUGGCUGAAGAUGAUGGUGAUGAAUUUACAAAGAAACAAAAUGGACAUGAAGAAGUUCUCCGCAAAAGAAAACAUAAAAAUCUCCUGGAUGAUGAAGAUGAAAAUGACAAUGAUGAACAAAGGCCAUUUUCUAAGAAGUCGUCUAAGGAAAGUUCGGCAAUGGAAAUUGAUGAAGAAAUGAAGCCAACUGUUGGAAUUACCGAAUCACGGAAUACAAGCGCAACCCCACCACCUGCAGUUAAAGACACUCAUGGAUCGUCACCUCGUUUACCAAGUUCGUCAGCUACACACCUGAGAAGAAGUUCAAUAGGUUCUCAUCUCCAGGACACAGAUUUAUAUUCGGAUGAUGACAGACCACGAACAGAAGAUGAGUUUGAUGUUGCCACCUCAAGGGAACCUACUCCAGGUCCAGGAGUUAUUCGAAGACAAACGAUGUCUCCCUCGCCAUUAACAGUCAAGGCACAGGAAGAGUUAAAGGCCAAAAAUGCUGAGGAAAUCCGACUCUAUCAAGAGAAGAAGGAAGAUAAGAGAAAGCAAAAGAAGUUUAUGUUUUUGAAGCUUGAGAAAGAGAAGGAGAUCAAGCGUAAGGAAGAGGAGAAGUUGAGAGCUGAACAGGAGAAGAAACUAGAAGCCAUGAAACGAGAGGAAGAGAAGAAAUUGGCGUUGAUGGCUAAAGAAAAGUCUAAGCAAAUUGAAAAGCAAAGAAACGAAUUACGUCAUAAUUAUAUUAUUUCGCAAUAUCCAAAGGGUUUACAAGCAAUCCAGUUUGAUCGUAUUGAACUACCAGAGGAUGUGGUUCAACGAUAUUUACCGCUCUAUCUUUUUUCAAUACGGGAUCAGUUGUAUAUACUUGACUUACAUCUUGCCCUUUUGACCGCAUGUCCCAUUUCGGACAUUGGAACACUUUACGAGAAGAAGAUUGGCAUUCAACUUGAUUCUAAUAUGAAGAGCAGAAUAUGGAAUUUAUAUUUCAUGAUGAUUGGAAGUGAUAUGCCCGGAGAUUGUUAUCUCAAGUCCGAGUUUGUUGACGGCGAUAAGAAGUUCCAGAAGCUUGUGCUUACAUUUAUUCCGUUUAAUGACAAUGUUGAGGAUUUUAUUAGAACCCAUUGUCCAAAGAAUGUCGGCAUGAUAACUGAUCCCCAUAACAUCAACACAGUUAAUUUAGAUGAGUUUUGCACCUCCAAGGACAGCACCACGAUUGUUUCCCACGAGAAGACAGAACUGGAUUUGGAUGGGAACGAUGUUAAAUUUACCAAGGAGGUUAUUAAAUCCAGAUUUGUUCCUCCCAAGUUGAGAAAUCGUAAGGACUCAUUGAGAGCCUCACCCAGAACAAUGGAGUUAUUACCCAAAGGACAGCAGAACACCACGGAAGUGGAAUGGGCAGACCAGCAGAAGAUCAACCGAUUUCUGUCGUUGAUAAGCCAGAAGGACGAGCUUACUGUGAGAUUGGAAGGGUUUAAGACCGAGAAAGAAUACAUUGAUGAUUUGGCAUUAGAAAUCGAGUUACUUGAUGAAGAAGAGAAGAUCCAAUAUAAAAUAGGAGAGGUCUUUGUGUUUCUCAAGGUUGAAGAAGCAGUGAAACGAAUUGAAAAGGAGAAUGAGACAUUGGAGUCAAAGAUUUCAAGUCUUGAAGGUGAAAUCGACUCCAUUGAUGAACAAUUAUCGACAUUAAAGACUCAGUUGUAUGCUAAAUUCGGUAACAAUAUUAAUUUAGAACGUUGA